UAAUUUUUGUAUGUUUUAGAGUAGAACCUAAUCAAAAAAGAAUCUUGGGACAUACUGACAAUUUCCAACUAAAAAAAAGUCACAUUGUUAUAAUCAAACAAUGUAUUCUUAAAUCUUGUUAAUCUAAAUCAAAUAUGCCUAUUCUGUCUGUUUAAUAAUUUAAAAGUGAGAGUUUUGUUAGUUUAUUUUCUUGUUAUAUGUAGUUGCUUUUGUGUAAACAUAUAAUCUACCCUCUUUAGAUCAAAAUUUAUAAUGGCAAUGGAGAAUACUAGUGUUGUUUCAAGUGAGAAAAGAAUUGCAGUUGUCACAGGGGGAAACAAAGGUAUUGGGUUCGAGAUAUGUCGUCAGUUGGCCUCAAAUGACAUAAUAAUCAUACUAACUGCUCGAAAUGAAAGUCAAGGGCUGGAAGCCGUAAAAAAACUGAAUGGUUACGGUCUUAUUAAUGUCAUUUUUCAUCAACUUGAUGUGAAAGAUCCCGCGAGUGCUGCUAGGUUGGCCAAAUACGUCGAAACGCAAUUCAAAAAACUCGAUAUCUUGGUGAAUAAUGCUGGAGUCAAUGGAACAAUCAUACAUUGUGAUGAACUUAGAGCCUUCAAAGAAAGUGGAUAUCAAGUGUGUGAUGAAAAUGCACAUCUUUUAGUUAAUAAGGUUUUUGAAGAACCUUACAAUCUGGGAAAAGAUUGCAUAGAAACAAAUUACUAUGGAACCAAACGAGUUACAGAAGCGUUUCUUCCUCUUCUCCAACUCUCUAACUCGCCAAGAAUCGUCAACAUCACAUCUUUUUAUGGAGAGCUACAUUGGAUCCACAAUGAGGAAGUGAAAGCAGAACUUCUAGAUAUCGACAACCUCACUGAAGAGAGGAUUGAUGGGAUCACGCAACAGUUUUUGAGAGAUUUCGAGACAGAUAACUUGUCCAAAAAUGGUUGGCCUCUUACCACAGCUGCUUAUAAGAUUUCAAAAAUUGUGAUCACUGCUUAUACAAGACUUAUUGCAAGAAAAUUCCCAAAAAUUCUUGCCAAUUGUGUCCAUCCAGGUUAUGUCAAAACUGAUAUCACAUCUAAUUUCGGACAUAUGACCCCAGAAGAUGGGGCUAAAGCUCCUGUAAUGGUUGCAUUGUUGGGUGACGAUGGUCCUUCUGGGGUUUACUUCAAUCAAAUGCGGAUAUCAUCAUUUUGAUUGAUACAGUUACCACAAGGUUGAUCUUGAAAAAACAUUAGGGAUGAUUCCAUUUUAUUUGAAUAAAUCAAGAGAUGUGUUAGUUAAUGUCUUGUAGACAAUUGGUUUUACUUUUGAACCAAGUUAUGUACGAGUACUAUUUAAGAGCUGCAACACCAGCAAACCACAACGACAUAGAUUAGUGGAAAAUGUGUUACAUCA